AUGAAUACCAAACUGGUACUCUUCCUGGUAGUUGCUUCAUGUGUACUUUUCACCGAUGCUCGCAGUAUAUCGCGCCAGAAUGCCGACGCAGUCGAGGGCAAUUUACGCAAGGGUGUCCGAAAUGACGCUGAUAGGGGAGAGUACCCGGCUAAAAAGGAUGAAUCCACUGGAGCCGAUACUCAGGAUGGCAUGGUAAUAGCUCGCACUAUAAUUCAUAGGAUGAGACCCACAAAGAACAAAGUUGAACAGACAGCUCCUAACUUUUCGUUGACAGUUCGUGGUAUUUUGGAUAAAGCAACAAGCAGCAUAAGCUCGGCAUCUAACAAGGCGAAGGAAACGGCGAAUAAAGCGAAAGCCAAAGUUGAAGAGUUAGGCAAGAAAGCGAAAGGAGCUAUUGAAGAAGGAAAAAAAAAGGUGGGUUCCAUCACAGGAAAAAGAAAAUUCGUCGACACUUUGUUGACAGCUCGUGGUAUUUUGGAUAAAGCAAAAAGCAGCUUAAGCUCAGCAUCUAACAAGGCGAAGGAAACAGCGAAUAAAGCGAAAGCUAAAGUUGAAGAAUUAGGCGAGAAGGCGAAAGGAGCUAUUGAAGAAGGAAAAAAAAAGGUGGGUUCCAUCACAGGAAAAAGAGAAUUCGAGGCAUUCUUGGAAACAAGUAUGGGAACGCGGGAAGAUUAA